UUGUCAUUACAAGACUCAUCUACUUCGGUUCCUAGCUAGAAGAACUCAACCAAUUAACAUGCUGCUUUCUAUGUGCGUGGUGGCGAUGAUGGCGGUGAGCGUCUGCUCCGGGGCCAUGGACAUGGCUGCCGUGGUGGCUGACCCCAACCAGCUGCGCUCCUUCACGCUGUGCUUAGUCCAUCAGGGCCCCUGCACGGCAGAGACUGAGGGCCUCCGCAAGAACAUACCGAAUGUGGUGUCUGAAGCGUGCGCCCAUUGCACGCCGGACGAGAAACAGACAUUCCGUGUAUACCUGGAUGGGAUGGAGAAAAACGCCCCCGACCUAUACGAGCUGUACCGUUCGCACUACGACCCUGACAACAAGUACAUGGCGAACCUGCGAAAGGCGCUCGCGUAGAUCCGCCACUGGUAGCGUCGCCUAACAAAAACAAUUGGAUAAUUCGAUUAAUGUUUCUGUCGGCUGUAACAUUUUUUCUUUAGUAAAUAAAUUAUUUGCAAUCAA